UGUUAGUUAUGCGUGACACUGUGCUCGUCUGUGUGUGUGUGUGUGUGUGUGUGUGUGUGAUCGAGGUCCACACAGGCAGAUCCAUAUAGACGUGAUGAUGUGAAAGGCUGACAGAGGAAAUGUGGUGCAGAGUCAGAAAGAACAACCACAAAAACUGCUAAACACCAUGGAGGACCUUUCAUCCGCUUACUCCUUUACCAAUCUCCAUCCUCCUCAUGCGUCCUUCCAUAUCACGCCACCUGAGGUGGACUCCUUCCAGCAGUAUGGAAGUAGAGCGACAUCCUUUCCUUCUUGGAGGAGAACAGGGGACACACAUGGAGAAGGCAUUGAUGCGGGUGAGAACUUUGUUGACGCGUGGUUUGACAGCGGCGAUAAAGCAAAGAAAAGCUGGGAGUCCAGUGAGGACAUUUACAGCAAUUUGGAUAGUCACUGCAAUGUAAACAAUUCUAUUGGAUGUGACAACCAUAUUUAUAACAGCUCCUCCCACAAACUGAGGAGAAUGUACUUCAGGGAUAUGCUCCAUACUUUUAAGCAAUCCAGCAGUGCUGAAAGUGAUUGGGAUUAUGGGUGCUCACGUGAAGACAUGGACCAACCUCCAUGGAUCCUUUCGUCUUCAGUAGGCCAAAGCCAAAUUUUGCCUUCAAGUCUUCCUCAAACAUCAGCACCUCAGAAACUGGACUCUUUCUCGGAUGCUUUCCUCUCACGGCGAAGGAGAAUUUUCCCACAGGAUAUCCACAGAGAGUCUUGUCGACCCAUUCUGGAAUCUGAGGUUGUGAAAGACUUAAACCAGAAGUGUGUCUCUCCUGCAUCCUCUUAUUUCCGGUCCUCAGUGUUUAAUCCUCCGCACACACCUUUACCAUCCGCCAUGAUGAACUUCACCAGUCCCUCACCAGAAGGAGAAGCGUUGGACUUUUUUGCAGCCCGCUUUCCAUCCCUGUCGUCUCUUUACUCCAGCGUGAUGUGGCAGCUUCCUGUGGUGGCGGACAGAGCAAACAGCAUGGAUGACAACCUGAGAGCUUCACCUGCUGGGGACUAUCACAGCAUCACAUCCUUUUCACAUCCCAAGUCGGUGUUCCGACCACACUUCGCCACAUCACAUUCACCUCACCAUGGUGAAGCGGCGGAAAGGGACCAUUUUCUGAUCCGGCGUGAACCUGUGGUAACAAUUUAGGGCAGGGGUCUCAAACACGCGGCCCGCGGGCCAAAUGUGGCCCACAGGACACUAGUUUGAGGCCCCCGCCUUGAUAUGAAAGUUUAAUGUUAGUUUGAUAUGGAUGCUGUAUGGUAUCAUGUACCCAGAAAAAAUUAUUACGUUUGAUUAAUGUUCAUGUUAAAGGUUAAAUAACUGUUAAUAGUUAUCCUCCCUAUCCGUGUGG